CGAGGCUUGUAUGACUUCACUCCAAGUCCCAUGAUGCACCUGCAGUGCCCACUUCGACACGAACGGCGAGCCAGUAAGCAGCAGGUAAACAAACCCGUCUCGCUGGGAAGGAGCCAAGCAAAGCGUAUGCGCUGUUUUGCUGUCUUGCAUUUUUAAUGGCGAUGAGGAUGAAGAAGAGACACGUCUGCUGUCAACAAUUCAUAAAAAAUAAUCGCUGACUUGUAAUUAAACGAGGCAUUGCGACGGCAAACGGAGGGACGCGUUUCACCAGCGACAGUCGCUACUGGGACAUCUGCGCAUGAUGCAUUGCACCACUUUUGAGAAAAUGGGAGUUUUUAGCCUCAUUCUCAGAAAAGAGCACAUUAUCCGAGAUGUCGGUUGGGUCCUUUAGCUGCCGUGUCAUUUGAUUGUGCUGGAUUACGGAACAACAUCCCCUCUGGCGACCUGCAUCAUGGGGCCCAUCAUGCAGGAGCGCACAGCAUCCACGGCACUGAAACGCGUCGUCUCCAAAGAAAAGAUUCGGGUGAAAUAUACUGAAAACAACGGACCUGUAACCAGUUCGAAGAAAAGUAACAAGAUGAAGAAAGCAGUGGGCCAGAUGAGAAAUGGCCUCCCAGGACCAGGUCAGGAUAAGGACACAGUGACAACAGUGCAGAAGGGUGCACAGUCAAAAGGUGGCAGGAUCAAAUCUGGCACAACGCGCAAUACAAGUAAACUCUCCAGCCCUGAAGAAGGAGAUUUGAGACCUCAAGUCCGGAAACAUUUAUCUGUGCACAGGAAAGAGGAGCAACUGGAAAAUCAACAGGUAUCACAGUGCAGCCACGCACUACACCAGAAUCGUGGGGGGAUGGGGAAAAAUCGGCGAGCUCUCUCCCUGCCUCUCUCCCCAAUAUCAGGGCUACGACACAUGCCAGCACACCCCCUAACACACUCUCCAGCCCUCACCCCAGAGGUACUGCAGCGGCACUACAACCAGAAGGAUGAAGACACUGACAGUGCCAGUGAUCUGUCAGAUUCUGAGAGGCUGCCUGUACUGCCCUCUCCCUGUACCCCUUGCACCCCUCCCCAUCUCAACCUCCGGGCCGAGGUCAUCAACACUGAUGACUUUCCCCCGGACUUCCCUGGACCUCAUGGGGCUGUGGAUGAUGAAGAUGAGAGUGAAAAACCCAGCUACGGUUACCCAGAUUUUCUGCCUCCUCCCUUUAACACUUGGAGCCUGAGACAGCUGGCAGUGUUUCUCCAUACGGAGGGCCGUGGUGCCCCCCGGCCCAAGCCUGUAGGUCACUUAGAGAAGUACCUGGAGAGGCUGCUGCAGCUGGAGUGGCUUCAGAUCCAAACAGUGCAAGCAGAUAGCACGCGCCUGCCCGGGAGCCGUACAAGGCCUCAGAGCUUCCCCUCUGCCACCACUGUUCACCAACCGAGGCCUCACACAGCUCCGCCAUCCCGACUCAACUCCCCUAAAGGGCAGAGGCACAGCCAGAGAGCCUUCCCAUUUUCACCUGUCAAUAACCCACCAUCACCCGCCUCAGUCCAGCAAACGCAUUCCCGCUUUCCAGUUUGCCCUCACUGUCACAUUCGCUACCCAUUGUGCAAUGGAAGCUGCUCCGCCAAUGCCUACCAGCGCCACUCAAGGCUCAGCCCACUGCUUGAGCGUAGAGCCAGGCCUGGAGCAGCAGCGAAGAGGAGCAGCAGCGAGACCCGAGCAACCUCAACAGAAAAUAGGAGCUCCGGAGGACAAAGUGGAGGACAAGGCGGAGGAGGAGCCCAGACCCCAGUUAGCCCCUCAGCUGGAAAAAGUCAUCUCAGACACAUGCAGGCUUCAGGCAAUGCCCGUAAGAUAACCCAGGAAUCUGAAACUAACCCAAACGGUCAAGGUCAGGUCAGGAAAAGCCGCGUUCGAGCUAACUCUGAGACCGAUAUUAAAAAAGAGCCUUGUGGCAGUAAAACAGCCGGUGCAGAGAAACGUGUUUUUGCUGCAGGUAAAAGAGAGGUCGUCACCUCCAAGAGAGUAGAUAAGGAUUGGCAGAGGAUAGAAGCCGUAGGUCAAGCCUCUAAAACGGCCAUGAAAAGAGCUGCUAAAGAGCCACCGUCUCUCUUCAAAGCGCCGCCUGUAAGUAAGCAGAAUGGCAAAACAAAAAAUGUGCACUUUGUUGCAAAGUAACGCCUAUAAACCUACAGUACAGUGCUAUACUUAGUGGUUACUUGGCACAGGAAUUUGAAGCUAUGCCUGCUUUCUGUGUAAUCUGUAAUACUAACAUGUUGUAACUAUUGAACAGUCUGAAUCUGUCAGUGAUGUACAGCCUGCUAUCGGUCAAAACUAUCAAGAAGUUGUGCAGCUAGAAUAGAGAUAAAACAGCGUAAAUAUGACACUUGCUUUAAAACCGAAUUAUACAAACUGUAUUUCAUUCAAAAUGCACAGUAAGUACACAAUCAUAAUGUUGUAUUGUGUUUUGACAGAAGGCCGAUUGUGAUCCAAAGCACUAUGAUAUUAAAACCACAGCUUAAAUUGAAUUCUGCUGAACUUCACAUCAUCAACUCUCAGUAUACUACUAAUGUAGAAAAUAGACAUAGAAUAAGCAUCUACUCCAUAGUACUCUAUAGUAAAGUUUACCACAGAUCAUUACAUUUCAGACAUCAACUACGACCAUAGCCGUUACUAGUGGAGUUUGUGAUUUUGGAAUGUAUUUAUUUUUCAAUGCUUUUCUUUACUUGAUGUUGCAUUUUAUAUUUUAUUUGGCGCCUCAUGUUAAAGUAUAUGUUUAAUUAAAGCAUCUUUUGGCUGAAGAAGAGGCACAACGAGUGGUGGUGUACUGCAGUGAUGUAAUCUGUCUAUUUGUGCGAUGGUUUAACAUUUUUGGUUAUAAGGGCUUUUCAUGUUUGAACAGCUUGAAUUGUAGUCUAUGAUAUUAUACUGUAUUUUGCAUAGAGCUGAGCGCUUUAUAUCAUUGAAGAUGGUGUAAUGUUUGCUACGAAUGUAAAUGCAUAUUUUUCCAAAUUUUAUAUACCAUAGUUAUAUUUAUGAAAAGUGUUGUAGUUGACUUGUAUUCAUCAUUGUCAUUAUUUUGUUUACAUUGUCAUGCAUAUAAAGAAAAUAUUUGGUAAAAAAGCUGGAUGUAACUUAGUGUCUACGGCAUUGGUCAUCCCUGUGAUUCAAUAGAAUUUCGACACAUCAUCGCUGUUGUGCUGUAACAUGAUAAUGUUAUACAUAUCACGUCCAUAUCACACUGCAUACUUGAAGUCUGUAGAACACUGUGUUUGCAUCAGUUUGUUGAGAUUUACCAUGUGCACUGGAUUCAUGGGAACACUACAUCAAUGUAAAAAAUGUGAUAUAUAUUGAGAUUGUACUUAAACUCAUGUAAAGUAUUAAAGCCAUACAUGAGGGACCAGAAGGGGCGAUAUUAAUAAAUGUGUACAUUAUGUUGACAAUGCACGCAGAAAGAUUGUGGUAUGUAUUUUCUCAAUGUUGAAUGCAAGUAUUUGUAAGGCAUAGAAAUAAAUGUUUUGCACUCGA